AUGGAUGAGCCAAUGCUGGACGAGACCUCAGAUGAUCAUUAUCCUGCGCCAACAGUCUCCGGCUUCACACCUAUUAAUCACCUUGGCUAUUCUGACACAGCUCCCAUGUACUUGGAGCACGAGGAUGCUGCCAUUAAGUCCAAGUCAGCCGACAAACCCAGGGCUCCAAAGAGGCGGAAGACUCAAUCAUUUGCUGCUACAACAGCAUCCAAGCCCAAAAAAGCUGCGAGUUCCAAGAAGACAAAGAGAACCAGGACAGCGGCACAACUGGACUGCCAGGAUAUUUCGCAAGGCUUGUCAAGGACCAAGCCAACGUCUUCCCCAGAUGGAGCGCUACCUGUGAAGGCUGGGUUGCCCUUUGGAAAUCUGUUGAAACAGAUUCCGCAAUUGCAGAGGGUCCGUGAUACAUCAGUCGAAUGUGAGGUUAAGCCAGCGUUCAACGGUAGGAAGAGACAGAGCAAGCCUUCUGGACUCGCCAACAACUAUCAGGCUGCGUAUGCCGAUACUCGGGCCAACGUCGUCAAUCAAGCUACUCCCCCCACUCCUCCCAAAAGCGAUGAAGUCGAAGCAGGUUUCAGCCACAAUGAUCAGUCUCAUGGCCAAGACUUCACUACCGAACGACGGGCAAGUCCAUACCAUCAUGUUGAGCCUUCCAUCCAGAAAACCCUGGAGUCCGAUGGCAGCAUUAUAGUCAAAGACUUUGGUGGACCACCCUUUACUCAAACAAGCCCUCCGACUCUCCAAAACCGAAGGUCUCAGGGAACAAUGAUGGUAAACGAUUUCGAACCCCUGGACUCGAUAUCAGGCGACCUCUGUGAGGUUGACGAUAUCAAAUGCGGCGAUCGUGGCGAAGAAGACAAAUUUCCCAUGGACGAUGAGUGUCUCGAAGAGAUGAUGCAGUCAAUUGCGGUUCCAGCGGAAGAAGAACCCUUGGGCUCAGAGUGGCGGCCGCAGGAGUUCUUGGAUGAUACCUUACAUAUUGAUGAGCAGCUGGACAACGAGCAAGCGCACUGGCCUGGAGCUAUCCAAGACUCAGAUGGACUAGUCAUGUAUGACGAGGAUCCGCCCUUAGUGGCCAGCGACAUUAUUGACGUCCCUUCUUCGCCCCAAUGGAGUUCCCAAGCCUCAUGCAUCUUAACUCACGUCACAGGCAACGCCAACCCACAUCGCGCGAAAACGUCAGAAGGGUCCGAGAACUGCUUCGAUGACAAUGACCUAGAUGAUGGCCUCAUCGAUCUUCUGGUCGACGAAUCCAAGAGUCUCCAGGUUACUUCCCCUGUAUCACCUGCAAAGGUACCUUUGUCACCAAAAUUGCAGUGGCUCUCACCUAAGACUUACACACCAGCAAAAUCGUCUCGAAUACCGGUAUCUCCCACUGAUGAUCCACAGCUUGUGCCCAUGAAUUCCAACAGGGAUGCCCUACCAUUCAUGCGUCCCCCUUUCCCGAAGGCCAUCCGCGACCGCUCUCCAAUCCUCGGUUUCACUAAUCGCACCGUCCUGCGCACCUGCUUUCGAAUAGGAGAAGCGUUUAACGCUGCCGCACUAGCCUCACGUACCAACGUCGACGCCAUCAUAGAGCUCUACGCUCGUGUUGUAUCCUCCUCGCGCGAUGCUAGUGGGGGGUAUAAGCAGUUUUUCCAAUUCGGAGACUUAUUCACAGACAAGCCGCCGUACCUUAAUGGCACGUACACUCUCUGGAAAGGUGUCGGGAUAUGGGACAAUGAUUCGAAGGAGCUUGUUGGUGAGAAGGGAAGGGGGAAGAUGGCCAGGGUGUUGGGGAAGAUUAAAAAGAGGGAGCCAGGACAGCCGCAGGGGCCUGGAGCUGAGAUGGCUGUCCUGAGUAUUUGGGAGGUGGAUUGGGAGGACGUUGGGGUAGCGAAGGGGAUUGUUUGUCCCGAAAAAAGCUGA